UCAGCCGAAGAAAGGCGGCGCGGGCGGGGUUGCGGUCGAAGGAGGAGAGUUGAGGGAUGUGUUGCAGCGCCAGUAGGGCACAAAGAGAUGCGCUCCUCGUCUAGCCUAGGAGGGUCCGUAGAAACGCGAAUCCCUUUAUUCCUGGGGCCGCGGCUGAUUUUUUAAAAAGCAAGACUUACUGAUAGGGAUCCACAUCCGCAGGUCCACGCAUAGGCGAGAUGUGGUGGCGCAAGGGGCAGCUGGGCUUGCGGGUAUUGCGAGGAGAGACUUGGGCCGCUGUAAUGAGCCAGGCGAGGAGGAAGCAAGCCCCGAGGGAGGACGAGAGAACCGCGUGCAGCUUCCAGGGUAGACUUGCAAAGAUCUGCGGCAGCCUGGCGACGAGUGAGCGUCUGGCCAAGUACGCGGCUGCCCUGCCUGCGCUCGGCUGCCCCCCCGGAAACCGCAGGUUGUUUUCUAGCAGUGGAAGAAACGGGGAUGGGGGUGAGUCUGAAGGGCAGGCUGAUCCUCCUGUUUCCGUGCUGCCGGUAGUUCAGCGGGCUUCUGCUCAUCUUACGGAGAACCGUAGGAAGAGGGCGUGGGAAAAAUCUCUCUCCCCCUUGGAAAGAGUGAGUCGGCUCGUUCCCGAGGAGUUCCUUUCGGAGGAGAUCAGUGCCCUGAGGAGCACCGAGGCCAAGGAGUCCAAGCAAGAGCUCUGUGUAAAGGAAGAGGAGCCCUCUCUUUUCUCCACACGUGUUCCCCAGGCACAGUCCCACCUGGGUCCAGACUUGGGUCCCGAGCCCCUUCUCCACACAGUAUCUAAAAACAUCCCUUUCCAACUAGGGGAGCUGAUUCUAGCAGUUUCCCCCCGAAGACGCCACUCGGACUACAGAAAGCUGUGCAAAUUAACCUCGGGAGGCCUGCUGACCACCACCUGGGGAGCAAUUCCCUAUGAGGAGAUUCUAGGCAAACUCCCCGGACAGUUCAUCUUGACCUCCACUGGUCAGAUGUUCCUAAUAAGGAGGCCAGCCUUGGAAGACUAUGUGUUGCUGAUGAAGAGAGGACCAACUAUUUCCUAUCCAAAGGAUAUGAAUGCAAUGCUGCUGUUAAUGGAUAUCAGUCAAGGAGACAUAGUGCUGGAAGCUGGAUCUGGUUCUGGUGCUAUGAGUUUAUUUCUGUCAAGAGCAGUUGGGCCACAAGGGCAUGUUAUAAGUUAUGAAAUCAGAAAAGACCACCACAUAAUAGCCAAGACAAACUACCAGAACUGGCGAGCUUCAUGGGAAAUAGGACACACUGUGGUAUGGCCAGAUAAUGUGGAAUUUAUUAAUGAAGAUAUUUCAACAGCAGCAGAAGGUCUGAAAAUGAAAACAUUUGAUGCGAUAGCUUUGGAUAUGGUCAUCCCUCAGAAUGUUUUGACUGUGAUUGCCUCAAGUCUUAAACAAGGGGGUGUUUGUGCUGUAUAUGUUGCAAAUAUCACACAGGUUAUUGAUCUCUUGGAAGCGGUCCGGACCAGCAAGUCUACCCUUUUUUGUGAAAAGGUUGUUGAGGUGACACACAGAGAUUGGUUAGUACACCCGGUGAUGCAAAAAUAUGGCACUACAUUCCAACAUAUGAAAUCCAAGGGAAAGAUUGUUAAUGAACCAACUUGCCAUAAUGAAGAUGAAGAGCUGUAUGCUGAACAGAAUGAAAAUGAUGUUUUUGUUUCUGACAAAGCAAGACCACCAUACAUCGCUAGACCUCGCUUGUGGCAAAUUGGUCACACAGUAUUUCUUGUCAAAUUGCGGAAAUUUAACUCCCCAAAUCCAAACACUGCUCAAGAUGAUGUCUGCUGUACUGAAGACUGCAUUUUACCAGAACUACAUAAAUAAAGGACUAUUUAUAUUUUUUGAAGCCACAGCUUUUAUUUUUACUAACAAUACUUUCUGAUACUGCAUGUGUGUGUGUGUGUAGCCAAAAAUAGAACUUAAAGAAUAAGAAGCUUAACAUAGACAACAAACAUAUUGAAAUAUAUCUCGCAUUAUAAUUCAAAAGAUUCAUUGUAUUUAUUACUAAUAACAUUAUGGCUGGAAGUACAUUUAUUCUUCAUUUCCAAUAAACCAGUCCAUGGAUUUAU